GAGAUCGCCCUAAUUUCUCCUCAGGUCCAGCACAUCAGAUGGAGCUCCUGUUGACAACUGAGACGCGCGCUAUAGCAAUCUGCAGGCACUAUUACCGGCACACAGAUAGGCAGCUAGACGAGUGUGCGCAAACCUAAAACCAAAACGACAUUCUGUGCACAUAUCUUUUAUUUUAUUUGAUCCUGGAUUACAAACUAGUUUAUAUAUAUAUGUGUGUGUGUAUAUAUAUUUGUCUGAUCUCUACAUCAUCUUGUCGUUCCGAGUCCUUAUUUUUGAAAAAAAAAAAAAAAACCUACAUCUGACUAAGAUUUUCUGAUACACAAAAUGGACUAGAAGAUUUAUUAGAAAACAAAUAAAGGAAAUCGACUUCUGAAAAACAGAGACUUACAAAGGAGGCGGUUCGACUAUCGGUUUUUGAGAAUUCAAGUGGAGACGCAUCCAUUUGUUGGAUGUUUUGUUUUCUGCUCUCGUUGAUCUAGCAAUAGACAUAACUGCGUUUUUUUUUGGGGGGGGGAUGUCAUUACAUUGUUAAACCACGUUGGAGAAAGUGAGUGGAAAUCGUCUGCAAGGACAUUGUCGCAGUUGGCAGCAGACAGGGCUGUUGCAAAUUAGUGGCCGAAUCACUCACACCUGUUUGGUGUUCUAACACCGUCAAGCUCCCCAUUCAUCUCAUUAUCUACCUGGCGGCUUAUCACAGGUAUCACUUUUUAUGGCGUGAGGAUUUAUUUCUCAAAAACAAACAACGACAGCCUGAAAAACUACUAGACAAAUGCAAGAACUGGGGCUGAACAGUCCUAAAGCUGGGUUUCUGCAAUUACAGGUUCGUUUGUUGCUCAUAAGUAACAGAACUAGGACCGGGGAGAAAGCCUAUUUGUGUUUGUCUUUUGAGAAGUGAAUGUGUGUUUUAAUUAGACCCAACAACAACAUCAACAAAAAGAACAUUUAAAUGCACAAUACUGUUACGCACCCGUGUCUGGCAAGCAAUUUGUUUUCUGCAUCAGCAGCGGAACCCUUCUUUUGUAGCAAGGGACCAGAGGGAAAUUGAUUUGUUAUUAUCUAUUAAUCGCUUCUCGUACAAUUGCUUCCAUUCAUUAAUAUGUACACCAGUACAGCUAAUAACAAUAAUCAAAAUUUAUAGAGCAAUCUGCUUCGGCGCCCUCAUUACAAGCACUGACGACUGCAACGGCGCUCCCUGGAUGGAAACGGAAGACAGGCACACAGUGCUAGAGUAAAUAAAACUGAAGGCGGCUGUACCGCUUAGACUCCAGAGAAACAACUCUUGUUGCUUUACACUUCGGUUAUUCAUUUCAGCUGCAGCCGCCUUGUUGUUCUGGCAUGUUUUAACUUAAUUGAGAAACAACUCGCUUCCCUUUUUCCAUAAAGCAAUCCAAAAGGAAAUACGUUUAUAUAUAUAUAUAUAUAUAUAUAUAUAUAUAUAUAUAUAUAUAUAUAUAUAUAUAGAUAUAGAUAGAUAACUAUAGAUAGAUAUAAAAAUGGGCACCGUCUUAUCUCUCUCCCCCAGCUCGAGAAAGGCCAGUUACUAUGAUGACGGCUCAGGGUCUCUUAGCCACCACCCGGGGGUCCAAAGCAGCAAGUCUGUAGGCGGUCAGAAAGACAGAAACAUCAAGCGGCACUCCAUGUUCAUCCCGGCCCUGACCUGGAAACGGUUAGUGGCCUCAACCAAGAAAAGGGGCUCCAAAAAAGGCAACGGCGCCCUCAACAACAACAACAACUACCAGAAGGAUGUGUCUCACCUGAACGACGAGAAUGUCAAGAAGUCUGUGUCCUGUGCUAACCUCUCUAGCUAUGAGGGGCAGACCCUGGCGCCGCUUCAGGGCACAAAUGGGAAGAUCCCUUCUGUCAAGAACGUCACCUCAAGCACUAACUUCCCCUCGGGUGGCUCCCCCAAGCGCGUAAUAGUCCAGGCCUCCACCAGCGAGCUUCUCAAAUGCCUGGGCGAGUUCUUGUGCGGGCGGUGCUACCGGCUCAAGCACCUGUCUCCUACUGAUCCCAUCCUGUGGCUGCGUAGCGUGGACCGAUCGCUUCUGCUGCAAGGCUGGCAGGACCAGGCCUUUGUAACGCCCGCCAACGUGGUAUUCGUGUACCUGCUGUGUCGUGACGUCAUCGAUGGGGACCUGGUAACCACGGAGCAUGACCUGCAGGCCAUGCUGCUCACCUGCCUCUACCUGUCCUACUCCUACAUGGGCAACGAGAUCUCCUACCCUCUCAAGCCCUUCCUGGUGGAAUCUGGCAAGGAGGCCUUCUGGGACCGCUGCCUGCGUAUCAUCAACACGAUGAGUGCCAAGAUGCUCCGCAUCAAUGCAGACCCCCACUACUUCACACAGGUCUUUGCUGACCUCAAGAACGAGGGCAGUCACGAGGACAUCAGUCACACCCUGGACCGAUGAACCCCCUCACCCUGCUACCACCUCGCUGACUCCCCACAACCUCCCUUUAGGCCCAUCCAGGUCUGGCCUGGGCACUCCCUGAAUUUCUCAUCAGGUUGGGCUGCUGCUGGAAUUUUGCUUUCAGUAGCUGGAGCUGAUCAGUACACUUUUCACUAGUGUUGGAAUGCUCAUCAAACAUUUCUUUGGCAUAUACAUUUUGUUAGAUGUUAUAUUUAAUUUAAAUAUGAAUAAUCUUUUUUUUUUAAUUUAAAUUUGUGUUAAUAUUGUUGUUCUGUUUAUUUUUAAUUUGUUAUAUGGUGCAAAUGAAGCUUCUUUUAUAUAACGCUUUAAUAAAGCAGGUCAGAAUUCACCAGUUUGACAACCCUGUUAACUUCAAGCAGAAUUGUCCAAAAUGUGGCUUCCCAUCCCUCCCUUCUGUCCCUUCCUCCAUUCCACCCUACCCCCUACACCCACUCUUUAAAUGGCCUAAUUAUACCUGAAUUGGAGACUAGCUGGGUCUUGUAGCGCUUUUACUGUCGCUGGUCCCAUGCAAAUCUUCUCUUUCUUACAGAUGCUUGCUAGGGUUCUGAUAUUUAAAAAAGGGACAGCUUUUAUAUGGGGGUUUGGUGCCUCCUAAGCUGAGCCUCUAGCCUCUCUGAAUGUGUGCAUAUGUAUUGAAUGUAUGUGAAUGUUGUUGUAAGUAUAUGGAAGUGUGUGUUUUUUUUAGUUGAGCUUUUCAGCAUUCAAAUGAGUACUUGAAUGUUAAGUCACAUGUCCUGUAUAUAUAUGUGGUAAUGUUGUAUUUAUUGUGUAACUAUGUACAUAUUUAUUUGUGUAUGCAUUAUAUAUACACUACAGUAUGUGUACAUGCCAUAUUAUACCUUAUGAAUGUGUGACUGCAUGUAUAUGUGUGUGAGUGAACGAAUGCAGAAUAUAUGUUGUCCCUUUUUUUUGUCAGUUGCACUUAUUUGAUUCACAACAUUUUCACUUGUGAACCAAGCGUGUCUGUGAGAGAGAGCGAGAGAUAAAAAUGCAUCGGAGCUGCUACCAUGGCAACAUAGAUAGCUGCAUUAUAGAGAGAAAAAGGUAUGUUUAGAGCGCUGUGAAUUGCAUGUCCUGCAGAUUACAGCGCUUCACAUGCUGUUUCAGAGUGAAGACAAAAGGAUGUUAAAUGGCACUUCUAAUAAUAAUGAUAUGAACACUACCCGUUCCUAAUUCAAAUGUGAUCAGUCACCUAUUCUCUGUCUCCCACUCCCCACCCCUCCCAUAUUUAGAAAUUAAUGAUUUUGACUUAGUCAAAGAAUAUUACAGUGGGUGCCUAUACAGGGCCCAAAGUGAGCCUUGGGAACAUGAUAAGAGCUCCCUGCCAUAAACAGAUUGCAAGGGAAGCCUUCUCAAUUAGCCUGUUAAAUGAGUGAAAAAGAAAUAUGCAGAGCAGGGGAGUCAAUGUUCCUUGCUCCAUUGCUGUAGCUCAAUCCAGGACCUGUGUUUGUCAUUGUCCUGCUGGACAGUCUCUUAUUAACACCCAUGCUGCAGAGCUCUGUGUGUACACUGUACAAUAAUGCUGUUGUAACUGGCAGCUGCAGAGGCACAGAUGUGCUUUAGGUAAACCAUGUUAUUCCAGAAUAGAAGAUCCUUUAUAGCCUUGCCACAGUUAUCAAAGGCACUAGAGGAGCAGGCAAGUCAUUAUCAUGCCACUGAUUGAUGUGAUUAAUACUUUUUAUUAAAAUGCUUUAAGAACAUCUGUAAUUCCUCAGACAUAGAACAUUGUCUAUUGUCCCAAUAUACUGGGUGGAUCUAACAGUGUCUUCUGGCCUGUUUAUUAUAGGGUUAGAUUCAAUCCACACUAUUUAUAUCUGUAACUGUAGCUGUGAUCAAAUCAACCUUAAACAAUUACACAAACAGUAGAGUGAAUCUAGUGUUAUCUGAAGGAUAUCCUCUGAGGAAAACUGUGUUGCUCUGUGCUAUUCUGUGUUGCUCUGUGCUAUAACUGAAACAGCCAGUGAGACAAACUCCUUCAUUGUACCAAGUAGAAAAUGCCAGUAUUGUUGAAAAACUGGACCGUUGUUAGUACAACUGGAAUACUGCAGUCUGUGUGUGUGUGCCUCUCCCAGUCUUUCUGUGUAAGGAGUAAGGGGGAGGGGGGCUGAGUUUGACACUACGAACCAGUCUGUACAGCUAGUGGGGACACCUCUGUCUUUAGUAAGUGCGCUGUUGAAAAAACAAGUUGUUUCUCUGUAACUGCCAUCGCUCUGUGAGUCUUGGUGACUUUGAGUUUGCUGCUAUAUUAUAACUGAUCAAUACACUUUUGUGUGCAUGUGAGUGUGUGCGAGCGUGAGAACAUGUGUGUCUGUGUGCGUGCGUGAUCCAAAAGUACUGUGUAAAUACAUUGCUGUAUAAUGAAAACUACAUCUUGCUACUGUGACAGUGUGCAUGCCAGCAGAUGUAUUCAAUGUGUUCUAAUUUUGUUGUAGAUUAAAUUACAUUUAAAUGUUUGGUUUGUUUAAGAAAAAAAACAAAAACAAAACACUGGUUCAUCUCUUUUAGGGGAAGAUGUAAAGAUAUUGCUAUCAGUGUUAUUAAAGUUUGUAUGUGAGCGAACAAGUUUACUUUGCGCCCGUGCUCCUACAAGGGCUCUUGUACUGUUCUGAAGAGCAGACAGGGGCUUUGCUAAUUAAAUCCAAUUUACUUAUUUCAUCCUCAUUUUGAAAAACGCGUUUUUCUAUAAAAAAAAAAAAAAAGAGUCAAACUAAUGUUUUUUGGGGUGUAAUCUUGUAACUGUGCUGCGAAUAUGUGACACCUCAUGCAACUUCACAUGUACUGGAGGCCAUUGUUUUGUUUUUCUUUCUUCCUGUUCUGUCACUUCCUCUUCAAGUUAUGGUUGCCCAUAUGUUUGUGUGACAGCCGGUUAUGAAAUCGAGCUGCACACAGCAGUUUUAGGAAACCAGAAACAUUGAAAGUUAAUUCUUUUGAAAAUAAAUUAUUUCUGCGCUGCUUGUUCCCAGUUUCUAACAGGGGUACUGUAAAGAGGGGGUGCAACAUUGUAUCAGUUUGUAGCCCCUAGGGAUUGUUUAGUGAUCCCUGCUGCUGUCUUCUUUUAACGUGACGCUUGGUUUACUCACUAAACCAGGAGAUUACUGUUAGGACCAUUUAGUAAACCAGACACUGCUCGAUUAUAGAUGCAAUAGGGUCACCGAUUCCCAUACAGAUCAAUAGCUGUCACUUGUACAGCAAUCCACAAUUGUGAAUGUUGUGGGCAGCCUGUAAAUUUGCUCUGUCAGUAGGAGUCUGGGGGGAGACCAGGAUUGGGGCCUGUUUUAUGGGUCCCUUGCCUACUCGGUCUUGUUACCAGGGUUACCUGUGAUGAUGAUGAUGAUGAUGAUGAUGAUGAUGAUGAUGAUGAAGCUAUGAACGUGUACAGUGGCUUUUGUGAAGUCACUGGAUUCUUUGUCAAGAAAACUUGAAAAAACUUGAAUAAAAAAAAAAGAUGUCACAGUUUGUUUUGUUUUUGUCAUUGAAUUCCAAUUCAAAGGUUUU